UUGAAAUCCAAGGGUCAGUUGUCUUUUGGACAGCUUGCUGUGCAGUUUAAUCAUGGAAACAGUGGGCUUCAUCUCAGUGGCUAUUACUUUGUUUUACAUGCUGCAUGGUGAAAGGAUGAUCAAUGCAAGGCAUUCAAUGAAAAUAUAUCUUGGAUCUCGUGAGCCAGUCAACAAUCACCUCCCCAACUGUGUGCUGUUGAAGAACCUAAAUAACGGUUCAGAGGAUAUAACUGUUUUUGGAGAUGGACUGGCACUUAUCAGCUCUGGUUUGAAAUACCCUGGACUGCCAUCCUCUGAUGUUCCUGGGAAGAUUUUCUUCCUUAAUCUGAAAAAGUCUGACAUGGAACCAAUGGAGCUGCCCAUAUCGGGGAAGCUUGACCUGGAGACGUUCAACCCUCAUGGCAUCAGUGUCUACACAAGUCCAGCUAAUGGCACGGUGUACUUGUUUGUUGUGAAUCAUCCUCAACAUAAAAGCCAAGUAGAGCUGUUUAAAUUUGAUGAAGCGGGAUUGUCUCUACUGCAUCUAAACACCUUCAAACAUAGACUUCUUCACAGUGUGAAUAAUAUUGUGGCUGUAGGAGUGGAUCGUUUUUAUGCCACCAAUGACCAUCAUUUUCCAGAUGAACUCCUGAAAACUACUGUGGAGCCUCUUCUGGGUCAACCCUUGACUAAUGUUGUGUAUUACAGCACAGAGGAGGUCAAAGUGGUCUCAGAGGGCUAUUACAUGGCAAAUGGCAUAAACAUCUCACCAGACCAAAGGCAUAUAUAUGUGGCGGAUAUACUUGAUCAUAAAGUACAUGUAUUGGAGCGGAAAACCGACAAUGCAUUGGUUUCUGUGAAGUCUGUGUCUGUGGGUUCAUUUUGUGACAAUAUCGAAGUCGACCCGAAAACAGGUGACCUGUGGUUAGGUUCCCUCCCUAACAUAUGGAAAAUGUUCCAGUUUGACCCAAAAAAUCCACCUGGAUCAGAGGUCAUCCGCAUCCAGAACAUUCUCUCGGAAGAACCAGUAGUUACGCAGGUGUACGCCGAUGAUGGUCAUGUGAUUAUGGGCUCAUCUGUUGCUACCGUCUAUGGAAGAAAACUAUUAAUUGGAACUGUGUUUCAUAAAACUUUAUGCUGUGAUUUAGAUUAGGGUGAAGACUGAAGUCAUUCAAUCAUAAAUUGAGGCAAAUAAUUUAAUAAAUGGAAAUUUCAACAAUUACAUGUAUGAAUUUAAUUCUGCCUUUAAACAUGUAUUUUACAAACACUGGUUACGGAUUUGCCAAAUGAUUUGCAAAUACCAAAUAAAGAAAAAGCAAAUAAAGUGUGAUUGCAAUUAAAGUCCUAUGAAUUACUUGGCAAUGAAAUGUAUUGAUACUUUA